AAAGUUAAAUAUAUUAAUAUUUGUAAUAAGUUAAUAAAUAAUUUAAAAUGGCUCUUAAUAGACUUUUAAAACGAAGGGAUCUAUGUAACUAUUUAUUUAAAAAUAAUAUAAAACAGAUUUCUAAAGGAACUGUCUCAAGCAAUAAAUUAACAAACAGAGCAUUAUCAUGUACAAAUCAAAUGACAAUUUUAACUUCCACUCCACUAAGAUUACUUCUCAACCAUAGGUUUUAUUCUAUAAAAGCUGCCUAUGAAGAUGAUGUCAGAUACCGUAAUGAGCAUAAUAUUACUGUUAUUGGGCAGGACAUUCCAAGUCCAUAUAUUAAUAUUGAUAGUAGUGAAUUUCCAGAUUAUAUAAAAAGCUUUUUGAAGAAACAAGGCAUAGAAAAACCUACUAUAAUACAGUCCCAAAGUUGGCCAGUGGCAUUAAGUGGUCAGAAUUUUGUUGGUAUUGCUCAAACUGGCACUGGUAAGACUUUAGCAUUUCUUUUGCCAGCAGUUGUGCAUAUAAAAGAAACUACUGGCAGAAAAGGUUUGGGACCGAGAGCACUUGUUCUGGCUCCAACAAGAGAAUUGGCACGUCAGAUUGAAGUUGUGGCAAAAGAUUUUUCCAGUUUGCUGAAUAUUCGAUGUGUUUGUAUAUAUGGGGGGGCACAUAGAGGAAAACAAGCAGAAUUACUUCAAUCUGGAGUUGAUAUUGUUAUAGCUACACCUGGCAGACUAAAUGACUUUUUGGUCAGUAACACUACAAAUCUCAGUAGAUGCACAUAUGUUGUUCUUGAUGAAGCAGAUAGGAUGUUGGAUAUGGGUUUUGAACCACAAAUCCGACAAGCACUAAAUGGAGUACCACUUGAAAGACAAAUAUUGAUGUUCUCUGCAACUUGGCCAAAAGAAGUGAGACAUUUAGCUAAAGAUUAUUUAGGAAAAUAUGUUCAAGUCAAUGUUGGUUCUACAGAGUUGUCAGCUAACCACAAUAUUGAACAAAAUAUUCACAUUUGUUUACAAGAGGAAAAAAUAAAAACAUUUAAUUCUAUAAUGCAUAACAUAUCAGGUGAUGGAUUUGGGAAAGUUUUAGUAUUUGCAAAUACAAAGAAGUUUGUUGAUAUGUUGACAUUGGCACUUAAAAGAAAUAGUUGGCUUGCAGUGGGCAUUCAUGGUGAUAAAACUCAACUCCAAAGAGACACCAUUAUCAAUAAGUUCAAAAAGGGUAACUGUAAUAUUCUGGUGGCCACUGAUGUUGCUGCAAGAGGACUUGAUGUGGAUGGCAUAACUCAUGUGAUUAAUUACGAUUUCCCGAACACAACUGAGGAUUAUAUCCAUCGUAUUGGACGAACGGGUCGGCAACAAAAUAAAGGUGUAGCACACACGAUGCUAACCAAUGACGACGCCAGGCAGGCACGAAAUUUAAUAGCUAUAUUGAAAGAAGCUAAUCAGAACAUCCCAGUAGAAUUGGAGGAUUUAUCUCGAAGUUAUAGCGCGGAUAAAGAACAGCAAUCGAAGUUUAAAUCAAGGCAGUAUGGCUGGAAUGCAAACAGAAGAUUCAAUAACUAUCGUUCAUCAAAUAAGCCGAGCUACAAUAGUAAUAAUUAUAGAUAUUAACAAAAUUAUUAGAGAAGUUUUAAUAACAUUUUAUAGUUAAAUGAAAUGUUUGAUAUAAUAUGUAAUAAAAUUGUAUUUAAAGAGUCUACACAGGGCCCUAAAAUCGGUGGCUAUAUUGGAGCAAUGGUGGGGAGUGUUCUAACUGUGCUCCCUUAUUCAUCUCUUCUGGGAGAAUAAUAUUAAUUACGAUUUCUCUACAUAUCAGAUCAUUUAGGACCGCUACUGCUACUUUAGGGUUAUGUGUAGACGUUUUUUAUUCUUGGGAUAUAAUACAUAAAUUUUAUGUUAUAGUUCCUUUUAAUCUCUUGUCAUAUUCAUGUCUAUACAUCUACAUGCUAGAUCCUAUAUUGAGUAAGAAGAAAAAAAUUGUGCCCUGUUUUAUUUUAUAUAGCUCUUGCCAUUCCACUUUUGUAGCUCGUUUCAUGAAUAUAUGUAAUUUCCAGGGUCUGUAAAAUUAACUCAUCCUUAAGGUAGUGUAUGAUCUGUGAGAUCUUGAUAAUAGUCUGUCAGCGUACAUAAAGCAAGACUUUUUGUAUCAUUUAACAUACAGAUUGUAUAAGUGAUAUUUUGUUUAAUUUGAUUUGACAGUAUGUUUAAAUGUCAAACUAACAACAGUACAUAUACCUGUUUUCAUUUUACACCGAUAUAUGCUUUUGAACUAACUAUUGUACUUACUGUACUGUUACGUUCCUUGUCAGUACAAUGAGCAAGUUACGUAGCGAAAAUUUGUGUAAAGUAAAUAUAUUUUUUUAAUAUUUUGUACACAUCAUGUUCAAUUUGAGAUUCGAACUAAAAUUAAAACUUCUGAACUUUUAUGAGAUUCGAUAGAGC